AUGAUAUUGGCUGUGUUUAGAACUAAAAUACUGCAUUUCGAUAUUGCUCCUCUGCUCGCAUGCCUGAAAAGCGAGUCAUUCAAAGAAUUACUCUACUCUGAGGAUCGUGGCGAAAUUGCCUUUAAAGAAAGGGUGAUAUUGACCGGGCGGAACGCUUACUAUUAUACUUUGCGUUCCGAAAUGAAUUUCGAUGAAUUUGAUAGUCUGUACGAAAGAAUGAAAACUAAUCAUCUGGUAUGUUCUGUGUUUUUAGUAUUAUAUUGUUUAUAUUACUGUGCUAUCUUCUUUGGUUGUCUGUGGCGUUAA